AUGUUCUUACCUUAUAUAGCCUGGCUUGCGCUCUCGUCUUGCCUAGGCGAUGGACUCAGGAACCGCAUUCGAGGUGUUCGAAGCAACGGCAGGGGCUCAUACGGCCCAGAAUACCUGCGCACAAUGACCUUUACCGGCCCUGCAAUGUCCGAGCAGAUCGAGCUAGACGACAUGUACCGCGAAGAACAAUACGAAUCCGACCGCGCGCGAUAG